CCGUACUGGUUGGCGGUGUGGAUUAUAUCAUAUUUACUGUGCGUUACUGUGUUUUUUUGUUGUUGGGAUAAGACACUGUUGUUGGAAUGUUGACCUGGACUCUUCGUCAUGUCCUGGUACGACACCACAAUUAAAAAACUUGGCUUCCCUGCCAUUGAGUUGUUUGUAAAGGCGGGAAGUGACGGGGAGAGCAUUGGUAACUGUCCCUUCUCCCAGAGACUUUUUAUGAUCCUGUGGCUCAAGGGAGUCAUCUUCAACGUCACCACUGUCGACCUCAAACGGAAGCCUGCUGACCUGCAGGACCUCGCUCCCGGAACCAACCCCCCUUUUGUGACCUUCAAUGGUGAGGUUAAGGUCGACGUCAACAUGAUAGAGGAGUUCCUGGAGGAGAAAUUGACCCCACCACGCUACCCCAGACUGGCUCCCAAACAUCCCGAAGCCAACACAGCAGGCAUUGAUGUGUUUGCCAAGUUCUCAGCGUACAUUAAAAACCCAAGAAAAGACACCAACGACGCCUUAGAGAAAGCCUUGCUCAAGUCUCUCCGGCGUCUUGAUGACUUCCUGAGGACUCCCCUGGCUGAGGAGAUCGACCCUUACGCCCCUGGUGACUUACCCGAGUCCACCAGGAGCUUCCUAGACGGGGCCGAGCUCACUCUGGCUGACUGCAACCUCCUCCCUAAACUACACAUCCUUAAGGUUGUAGCCAAGAAAUACCGUGGCUUUGAGAUCCCGGCAGAGAUGACGGGGGUGUGGCGGUAUUUAAACUGCGCCUAUCAGAGGGAGGAGUUCACCAACACCUGCCCCGCUGAGAGGGAGAUUGAGUUUGCGUACCUGGAUGUUGCAAAACGGAUCAAAUGAGAGAGUGGGGAUAAAGGAAUGAGAUGAAAGCAAGGAGUGAAAAACCAGUAGGUCUUAAAAGAGUAGUAGAUCAUGAAGAGUUAGGAAGUUAGAAAUAAUGAGGAUGAAAGGAUGAAGGUGAAGAAAAGGAGAGGAGGAAUGAGAACCACAGGGUGCACACUCAGCCACCCUAACACUAAAAUACCCAUUAACUCCUUUUUAAGUUUGAUAUCUUUGCAUUGGCAAACUGAAUGCUGAUUCUAGUUACAGUGUGUGUGUGUGUGUGUGUGUGUGCGUGUGUGUGUGUGUGUGUGUCUUUGUGUGUGUAUGCUCUCACAGGUUGAGUUGCACAGUGUACCUUCAUGCUAAUCAUUCUACAAGUAAUCUAAAAAUUGGAGAUUUGCUUGCAGAAUCACUUCCUGAUUAAUUUGUAUUCACUUUUCAGACGAUGGCAGGGCCAGAAAUCAGAAAUCACAAAUCAACUUUGAGCUUGAUUAACGCAUACAUUGGAUCAUCAAUUGCAACCAUUUAAUAAUAUGCAUCUAACAUAUCUAUAGUACCCGUUUGAGGGACAGAACACUGGAAUAAAAGGCACUAUAUUAUCUUAUGGAUGCUAUGGCUUUGACCAUCGUUGACCAUCUGUUUCCCUUUUCAUGUCAAAUGUUACGCAAAAAUCAGCUUUAUCAGUUAAAGACAGUGCCUCCUGCAAUGGGAAUUUACAAUUUGUAAUCACAAAAUGGUUUUAGGGAUGAAAAUGGUUCAUUUUGUGCUGUGUUGUAAUCAAUUUGGCCUUCAAUACACUUGGCAAAAGGCAUUUCUUGGAUGUCAAAAGACAAAACAGUUUAUUCAAUUUUAUUUCCCAGUCUUAAAUGGAGAGGACAUUUUUCUCAGUGCCCCUGAAUGCAUCAUUAUUUCAUUAAACUCAAUUAAAUUAUUUAACUAUUAGGCAGAAGUGGUUUAGUAUAAUUUUGCACCAGAGACUGACAGAGUCUGCCAUUAACCAACCCUGACGCCACUAUGCUGAGUUCUAGCCUUAUAUCCUCUCUGGUGGGAGAGUGUGAUCUUUAUUAAACUGA